CUGUGGUUAAGUAGUAAAACUAAACUGCCACCUGUACAUUAAUCUGGCCAUGCAUACUUAUUAUGAACCCAUUUUCUGCUCUGCUCUUGCUUUGCUUUGCAUUUCUUUCCCAAACUGAAGAAGCUAAGCUUAGCGCGGCGCCAUGGACGUGGCCAUGGCGCUCGCCGUCCUCUUCUUCUGCCUCCUCCUCCUCUCCUCCGCCGCCAUCACCUUCCUCCUCCUCCGUCACUGCCUCUCCGGGCUCCGGCGCCGCCACCGUGCUGCCGCCGCCGCCGACGUCGACGCCGAGGCCGCAGAAGGCGGGGCGGGAGCACGACAGCUGAUGCCGCCGUGUUCUCCUCCUCCUCAGCAAGAGCUGCCGUUGUUGCGGCCGGCGGCGAAGUUGGUGCCGUCGACGAAGGAGGAGGGGGAGCCUUGGAAGCUGACGUGGCGGGAGGUGGAGGCGCUCACCGGCGGCUUCGACGAGGCGGCGGUGGUGGGGCGAGGUGGCUCCAGCACGGUCUACCUGGCAAGCAGCUGCAGGGUCGCCGUCGUCUCGCCGCCCGUGGCGGUGAAGGUGCACCGGUGGUGCGGCGGCGAGCGGUGGCUGCGCGCGUUCCGGCAGGAGCUCGACCUGCUCCGCCGCCUCCGCCACCCCCACAUCGUCUCCCUCCUCGCCUACUCCGACGACCACGAGGAGGGAGGUGCACUGGUCCUGGAGUACCUCUCCGGCGGCACCCUCGCCGACCGCCUCCACGGCGGCGCAUCGCCGCCUCUGCCAUGGCGCCACCGCAUGCGCGUCGUCCACGACGUGGCCGGCGCGCUCGAGCACCUCCACGACGGCGCGCCUCCGGUGGUGCACGGCGACGUGUCGGCGUCCAACGUGCUCCUCGACGGCCGUGGCCUGGGCGCGCGGCUCUGCGACCUGGGCUCCGCCUGCGAGGGGUUCUCCGCCGCCGUCGCGCCCACCAGGGCGGCCGUCGGCUCGCCGGGCUACGUCGACCCCUUCUUCCUCCGCACCGGCAUCGUCUCCAAGAAGUCCGACGUCUACAGCUUCGGCGUGCUUCUGCUCGAGGCCAUCACCGGCUCGCCGGCCGCCGGGAUACCCGGCCCGGAUGGCGGCGCCGGCGGGGGCAACCUCACGGCGCGGUUGCUGCCGCGUGUCAGGACGGAGGGGGUGGACGGGCUCGCCGACCGCCGGCUGGGCGACGACUACGACGCGGCGGAGGCCGGCGACGUGGCGAGGAUCGCCGUCGAGUGCCUGGCGGCGCAGCCGGGCCUCCGGCCGACGAUGGCGCAGGUGCGCGCGGCCAUCGCGGAGAAGGCGGCGACGUCCAUCUCCAUUGCUCAUCACGACCUGCACGAUGCCUCCGAUUCCACAUGAUGGAUAUCGGAUUGCAGUUUAUUUUUAUUUUGUAGAUGAUUUACUUAGUUAUUUUUGUGUCUGUGUGUUUUAUUAUUGGCAAGGUAAUUAAUUAAUUGUAGGAAACGAUGAACACUGCUUAGGAAAGAACUGGAAUCAAUUGAUUAGAGUGAUGAAAUACUGGAAUGUAAAUAUUGAUUUCUAAAUUAAGAGUGCAGCUUGUGCAUUUGGAUGCUA